AUCGAUGUCUCCGGCUCGUUUGAUUCGAUUUGAUCGUUUUCGCGCUUAACGAGCUGAGAUUAAUUCGACAUCGUUCUCUCGGUGUUUCGGACUUUGUAAUCUCUCUUCUCUUUCCGGUUUGGAGCAAUUUCCGAUUGACAUUCCGAUAAAACAAAUAAAAUGAAUUGCUUCCCUUGUUUCUCCUCGCAAAAGAACAAGAAGGAGGGAGGCAGCAAAAAGGACCAUGAUGUUUCUGGCGUUGAACAACUGCAACCUCAACAACAAUAUGUACCUGAAAAGAAAGAGGCACCUACUACAGUUCCAGCUGACUAUGACAACAAUAGUUCAAUUAAAGCAUUCAACUUCCGUGAGUUAGCCUCCGCCACCAAGAAUUUCCGUCAAGAGUGCUUGUUGGGUGAAGGUAGUCUCGGCAAAGUUUACAAGGGAACUAUUCAGGCUACCGGCCAGGAGGUUGCUGUGAAACAACUUGAUAGGAAUGCAAUGGAAGGAGGCAAUGAGUUCUUUGUGGAAGUUGGGCAGCUAAGUCUCCUACAGCAUCCAAAUCUGGUCAGUCUUGUUGGAUAUUGUGCUGAUGGAGAUCAGAGGCUUUUGGUUUUUGAAUUUAUGCCAGGGGGUUCCUUAGAAGAUCAUCUGCAUGGAGGGAAGCCAUUAGAUUGGGUUACAAGAAUGAAAAUAGCACAAGGGACGGCUCAAGGUCUACAAUACCUGCAUGAGAAGGCUAAACCUCCAAUAAUAUAUCGUGAUCUCAAGUCCUCAAAAGUGUUGUUGGACGACGAAUUCAACCCGAAGCUGUCAAACAUCGGGAUCGACAAGCUCGGGUCGUCGGCCGACAGCAAGAUGCCGAUGCAGUCGAAGAUAAUGGAUAACAAUGGUUACAAUGCUCCAGAGUGUAUGCAAUCGGGUACCAUCAAUGCACAGACCGAUGUCUAUAGUUUUGGAGUUGUGCUGUUGGAGCUUAUCUCCGGAAGAAAAGCCCUCGACCCUUCCAAACCCCAGGAAGAGCAAAAUUUAGUUGCUUGGGCACAACCAAUAUUCAAGGAACCAAAAAAUUUCCCACACAUGGCAGAUCCUUCACUCAACAACAAAUUCCCAGAAAGAGGGUUGAAUCAAGCUGUUGCAAUGGCAGCCAUGUGCGUGCAAGAAGAAGCGGCGGCACGGCCGUUGAUCAGCGAUUUAUCUUCAAUCUUAAGUUUCCUUUCGAUGGCCAACGAAGCAAACAACAUCCCUGAAGAUCUCCCUCCUCCAAUCUCAGGCAAAUUGCGCUCCAUGUCCAGAAAUAGUGGAUCAUCGGACGAUGAAGCUUCGGUGAAGCAGGAUGAAGACGAGGAAACCGAUAACGAAUCCGGAAGCGACGACGCUUCCGCCUACGGAAACGGUGACCGUUCUCUCAGCCAUAAGAGUAGCGGGAGGUCGUUGUCUUCAUUCGGCAAUAGGAGCGGGCGAGACAGUUCCUUGAGCCGCAAGAAAUCGAGCAAAUCAGGAAACUACUCGUCGUAUGGCAGCGACGCAUCCGAGGGUAAUUCGGAAGACGACGAAGGCAACGUUUCUUCAAGCAACGAAAAGGACGACGAACAUUCCGAAGACGACAAAGGCAACGUUUCUUCGAGCACCGAAAAGGCCGACGAAAGACGAAACGACAGCUUGAAAUCGAAUUCUUCAGCAACAAAUACUAGAAAGAAAGAAAAAACAUCAAAGGGUCAUAAAAGCAGCAGCAAGAAGAAGAAACCUAAGGACGAAAAUGAUUCGUCGUGCCAUAGGAGCAGUUCUACGAAAAAGGGUCGCCGGAAAGCUAAAAAACGCAGCGAUAAAGACGACGACCACCACUGUUCAGCUGAAGGAUCACAGCCUGAGAACUGAAGCAAAAUUGUUGGAGGAACUUAAACACAAAUAG